GCUGUCACCGGUCCCGCUUCGGGCCCCUUCCCCGCCGCCCGUCGCCGCGUCCCGCGUCCCCUCGGUCCGUCCGUCGGGCCCCGAGACCCUCCCGCUCCGCCCCGCUCCAGCCCCGCCGCGGCGGUCGGCCUUUGGUGUCUGGAUCGCCCCCACGCCCCACCAUGAGACUGGUGAUCCUGGAUAACUAUGAGCUGGCCAGCGAGUGGGCCGCCAAGUACAUCUGCAACCGCAUAGUGCAGUUCAAGCCUGGACCGGACAGGUACUUCACGCUGGGGCUGCCCACAGGGAGCACACCGCUGGGAUGCUACAAAAAGCUCAUUGAGUACCACAAGAUGGGAGUCCUGUCCUUCAGAUACGUCAAGACCUUUAAUAUGGACGAGUACGUGGGCCUGCCGAGGAGCCACCCUGAGAGCUACCACUCGUACAUGUGGAACAACUUCUUUAAGCACAUCGACAUGGAGCCCAGCCAUGCCCACAUCCUGGACGGGAACGCCCCCGACCCGCAGGCCGAAUGUGACGCCUUUGAGAGGAAGAUCCAGGAGGCCGGGGGGAUCGACCUCUUCGUGGGAGGCAUCGGGCCCGAUGGCCACAUUGCCUUCAACGAGCCAGGGUCUAGUUUGGUGUCACGGACGAGGCUAAAGACGUUGGCGAUGGACACCAUUUUGGCAAAUGCCAAAUAUUUCGAUGGAGACUUAGCGAAAGUGCCGACCAUGGCCCUAACAGUCGGCGUGGGGACGGUGAUGGACGCUAGGGAGGUGGUCAUCCUGAUCACGGGCGCCCACAAGGCGUUUGCGCUGUACAAGGCCAUCGAGGAAGGCGUCAGCCACAUGUGGACCGUGUCGGCGUUCCAGCAGCACCCCCGCACCAUCUUCGUGUGCGAUGAGGAUGCCACGCUGGAGCUCAGGGUCAAGACGGUCAAGUACUUCAAAGGCCUGAUGCAUGUGCACAACCAGCUCGUGGACCCCCUGUGCAGCAUGAAGGAGGAGAACUGAAGGGGGGAGUCCAGGAGCCCCCGUGUUCGGAGCGGGUGGAGGUCUGCCGCUCUGCCGGGCCGGUCACGGCGGGGGCGAGGGGGAGGGUGGUGUUGAGUCCGAUAGCGUCUUCCUUAGGGGUCCAGUGUCUGCACGUCAUCAGACAUUCCACAGGCGUAGGAGGUAGCGGGACGAUCCCAAGGCCGCCGAGCAGCCCACUCGCUCUAUCUGUUCCCGCUACAAGCCAGCGGGCCACUCCGGGUACCGGCUUCCAUAGGGGUGGGGGUGGGAGGGGCAGGCUUCUGAAAGGGCCUGUCAGAGCUCUGGGAAGAACAAGGCUGGAGGCUGGCUCUCACAGCCGUGGGAAUGUGACCCCGGUUCCUAGGAACAGAUUUCCCUCCCCCCUCACAAACCCCUCCUAGCUUGGGGAGCGGCUGCUCCCACCCUGAUGCGUAGGCCCACUAGAGCCAGGCACCACCUGGUAGAAACAGGGGGCCUGCUCUAGGCUGGGAUUGGAUAGAGCAGGGAGGAGCCCCCUACCCCUUCCACACGCGUAGCGUCCAUAUACGCCUGGCUGCCAACCCUGAGGGUUGUGGGGUUUCCUUGACACACGGUUGCCUUAAAGCCACCCCCUCCCCGUGUUGGGCCGGCCCCGUCCCUUCCGAUCACCCGUCUCCCUGGGUGGCUUGAAGAGAAGACAGUGCCUAGAAAGUCUCUCCCGUUGGGAAGUGGUGUUUCCCGUGCAUGGCCUUAUGCGAUGUCUGCUGCUGCAGCACUUCGAACCUGCAUGCUUGUUGUCUCGGUGCCCGGGAGCCGGGGGAUCGGCCAGGGGCCGAAUCCUAGUUCUGUACGGGGGAAGUGUUGAACGUCCAAUAAAGGUGGCAAAGAGGCAAGUG